GUCCACAAUCUUUUAAAGUAUUUAUAAUGUAGCUAACGUAACCUAAUUGACCAUUAGUAUCCUUUUAUCAACACCGCCAUAUUUAUUUACAAUAAACAAAAAAAAAAAGCGAAGAUCGGGCGUUUGGCUCUCUCGUCUGUGAAAAGAAAGAUUCCCCAAAUAAAAGGGGCCCGCCUCGUCAGGGGUGUAUGUGUGUCAGUGAGGCGAGGUGAUAAGCGCGAAGCUCGCUGUUGCUUCUAGCGCGGUGUCGCCUCUGGACUGGUGCGCAGUCUUCUCGUCGUGCAUAGGGCAAGUGGUAAGCAUAACAUUAUAUGACGUUUAAAUUAAGAUAAAGAUGUAAAGCAAGUCCCAUGAGAACUUUCCAAGAAUCUGUGCCGGUGGCUUCAUGCCUAAUUUAUUUACUGAAGGAAUAAAAAAAAGUGUUUUCAGCCAUUUUCACUCUUCUAAAAAUACUGUUUAAAAACUACUUAUACUAUUGGUUAUCCUUAAAUGUUUAUUUAAACAGACGCCACUCUGAUAUAUUUAGCAGUUUUCAAAUAGCUAGGUUUCUAUCUGAUGUAGGGCUCUUCUGGGCCUUAUCGACUUUGACCUACCUCAAUAAAAAAAAAUCACUAUAAACUUAAGUGCAUGAAUAAAACCAAUGCAACGAAUUAUCAUUUACAAAUGUUUAUUUAACGGUAGUGUUUUACUAUUCGUGUUUAAAUAUUAAGUUUUUUUUUUUUUAAUUUAUUUACACAUAUCGCUUGACCCGCUGUAAAUAAUUGAGGAAAGAUAGGAACAUAAAUCUGUCAUAUUAGUUUCAACAGAUUUCAGGCGUUAACAAUUUUAUAUUUCUGGAUUUUAAAAUUCUGGCUUCGUAAAAGCAGUGCCUGAAGAUAACAGUGACUGACUGGCUGCUGUAAAUAGUUUCCCCCAUGAAUUUGUGGGUGUUUAGUAUUGAAUACAUAUUUGGGAAUGACUGUAGCUGCAAUAACGUUGUCAGUAGACACUUUGCUGUGGUAUUUGUAAAUAUUUUAAUGUUUGACCUCUGCCAUAACAUUGGCAUAUUUUUCAAUAUUAAAUGAUGAAAAAAAAAAAAAAAAAAAACAACUGUUGGAACCAAUAUGGCGCAGUGGCGGUCGCAUGGGAGGGGCUAUGGAAGCUAACCCCUCCCCCUUUCACCCGUUAAUCUCCCAUAACUAAACAUAACUGGCGUUAUAUAAAAAACAAUUUGAAGAUGUCAGAAGUUCGUUAAACCUUUAGGGCAAUAUUAAUUUUCAAAUUUUCUGAAAUUCCAUUUAUCUGGAAGGUACGAGUAUUUCAAUACCUGCCACCCAAAAUCUUUCAGUCAGCCACUUCCUUCAUACCCAAAUCGCCCUUCCCAAAAUCCCAGGCUGGAAUCGCCCUUGUUAUGGCAUCCAGGUAAUCAGGAAAAUUUACAAAUUACAUUUUUAUUCUACAAGCAUACUGUUCCAACAAAAAUGGUUGUUGUGUAAACAUAUACACAUAAAAUGUACUUGAACAUCCUAUUGUAAUGUACAUCUAAGAUAUGAUAAGUUCGCAUUAUGCAUGUGAAUAACAUUUCCCUUUAGGUGAGGUUUUGUGUAAAUAGACCAUGCGUAUUAUUUUGAUAUAUUAUUUUCUUAUUUUGACCGGAUUGAAACCGCAAAAUAUUAAUUUUAAUAGACUAUUUUAAAGGAUAAUUAUAUCACAUACCUUAUAUUCACUUCGUGCCACCGACUGAUAUUUUCGUGGAAUAUAACGUAUUUCCGGUACGAUAAAUAUUCGCCUGAAAUGUGUGCUAAUACUAGAAAGGUUACGGUAUAUAACGUCACAAAGGCGUACGAAAAAUGACGUGUUCAGGCGCGCGUGCACACAUGCGCGCCGCAGCUGCAGUGCAGCGCGCCGCGAACAGGACUCGCGCCGUGUGGACGGAGCCUCGAACACGUGCAGAGCCGCCAGCCGCGCGCCGCGAACAGCCAGCCAGCUGUCGGUCUUCAAUAGUGGACGUGUUCGGGGCUCGCUCGUCCGGCAGCGCGCAGGCAGCGAACACGGGGUGACGCGAAGAUAGAAGUUUAUAAAACAUAUCAUUUGCUUUGGAAUCCAAGUAAUAAAGACUUACUACCAAACCCCCUCCCUCCAAAAAAAAAAAAAAAAUGGUUGUCUGUAAAGUCGGUUUACGGACGAUUGUUUAACGUGACGUCAUAACAAAACAUUGAUGAAAUGAUUGCAUACUUUUAUGAAUAAAAUUGAAUCAUUUGUAUUGAAUUAUCACUAUUUUGUAUGGAUACAAAGAAGGAGUGAAAUGAAAUCUACAAUUUAAUUGAUAAAUUUACUUUUAUUUGCACUCAUUAAUUCAAAUAUGUUUAUUACUUUAACGAAGAGAUUAUUUUAACUAUAACGUUUAUACAUAUUUGCUAUUUAACUUCUUCCAAUCUGUGUUAUUCUGUUAAGGAUAGGACGAUGAUAGGAAAAGUAGGAAACGAAUGGGAGAAUUUCAAGUAUAAUGUGCGUCGAAAAAGUCAAAUCGAUGGUUGUUCCAAUCGAGUGGAAGAGAGAGAUAGAUGCGGCGCAAGCGUACAAUGAGCGUAACGGGACAAUGUGCGUUACGGGACAUUUUUUCGCGCGUGCAGCCGGCGUUCAUCGAUUUAUUAGAUGUUGUCACGUCAAAAAUGGAUUUGUGGAGGAACAUUGAGUCGGGCAGUCAGAAGAUGAAAGUAAGAAGAAAAAAAGAUUACUUUACUGUCUCCUACGGAAGGGAGAAAUCAAAAAGAAUAAUAAAACCUAACAGGGACGUGUGAAGAUAAGAUUUUAUUAUACCUAUCAUUGCUUGUAAAAUAAUGUUAAUUUUAGGUAACAUAAUAUUGUUGUACUGUCAUUGAAAACUAUAUUUAGUUGUAAAUAUUUACCUUUAAUUCUAAUAAAUAUAUGGAGAAAAAAAACAUUGUUGUAUCAAUAAAUUUAUUUUACUGCACGUUGUAAUAACAUGUAGUACCAUAUUUCAUUGUAAAUUUUAAGCGUGAUAAAACAGCACUGAUGUUGGUCAGUUUCUUUAUCUUAUAGCACAGUUAUCAUGAAGAGAAAAUGCGAAGAAUCAGUUGUCCACUACGUACUAGUACUUUAUUUACUUUGUGAUGGCACGCACUGUGUGGUUGGACUCGGGAACCUCUACUACAGCUGCACCUGCGUGAGAGACGUUUCUGUUUCUGGCGAGGGAAGUGGCAGUUUGACGGUUGGCCGCCGAGGCGGGAGAGGGGAAGUUGUGCGUCUUGAGGAGGGGAGGGGCGACAACCAGUCCGACCAGACUCCAGCACUGUGAGGUCUCCCCCCUCCCCUGUACACUUUCCAGCUUCGCCUCAGUCGCGAGCUGGCGUUCGGCGCGGGGAUACCGAGUGCGAAGGCGCGUAUGGCGUGUGUUUUCUGCGCGUGCUAGAAAUAAAAAAAAAUUUAAAAAAAGUUGUGUUUUUUCGGUGCCGGUCGGAAGAGAAGUGAUCACAGUGCCCGCGUGUUGUUUCGUUCGCCGGCUGUGAUUGGUCAUCUCGACGUCAGGAGCACCGCGGCCUCGCCGAGGUAGCGCGCCAUGGCGGCGGCGCCCCCCGUGGGCAGCGCCAUGUGGUCGUCGUGGCAGACGCGGGAGGUGAGCCGCUACACCCGCCAGCUCAGCACCGUCGACUUCACCCAGCAUGAGCGCGCGGCGACGGCGGACCAGGCCAAGAUGACGCAGCGCGAGGACGUGCUCAAGUUCGAGCAGGGCCGCAUCCGCGCCCUGCAGGAGGAGCGCCUCGCCAUCCAGAAGAAGACCUUCACCAAGUGGAUGAACUCCUUCCUGCUCAAGGCGAGGAUGGAGGUGGAGGACCUGUUCACGGACCUGGCGGACGGCCGCAAGCUGCUCAAGCUGCUGGAGAUCAUCUCGGGCGAGAAGCUGGGCAAGCCGAACAACGGAAAGAUGCGCGUGCACCGCGUCGAGAACGUCAACAAGUCGCUGGCCUUCCUGCACACCAAGGUUCGAUUGGAGAGCAUAGGUGCAGAAGACAUAGUGGACGGGAAUCCGAGACUGAUCUUGGGACUCAUCUGGACCAUCAUCUUGCGGUUCCAGAUACAGGAGAUAGAGAUAGACGUGGACGAAGAGAACGAAAGCAGCGAGAAGAAGUCAGCUAAAGAUGCAUUGCUGCUAUGGUGUCAGCGCAAGACGAAUGGCUACCCAGGAGUUAAUAUACAGGACUUCACAGGUUCGUGGCGGAGUGGGCUGGGAUUCAACGCCCUCAUCCACGCCCACAGGCCGGACCUCAUCAACUUCUCUGCUCUCCACCCCAACCGCCACAUCGACAACCUGAACAAUGCGUUCGACAUAGCCAACAACGAGCUGGGGAUUCCGAGGCUGCUCGACGCGGAAGAUGUCGACCAGGCUCGGCCGGACGAGAAGUCUGUGAUAACGUACGUCGCCUCGUACUACCACACAUUCGCACGCAUGAAGAACGAAAUGAAGAGCGGCCGGCGAAUUGCAAACAUCGUGGGGCAGAUGAUGGACGCGGACCGGAUGAAGGUGGUGUACGAGCGCCUCACCAGCAACCUGCUCGAGUGGAUCCGGCUCAAGAUCGUGGAGCUGGAGGACCGCAACUUCCCCAACGCCCUCGAGGGCAUCCAGAAGGAGCUCACGCGCUUCAAGGACUACCGCACCGUGGAGAAGCCUCCCAAGUACAAGGAGCGCAGCGAGAUCGAGGCGCUGUACUUCCACAUCAACACGCUGCUCAAGUCGCUGAACCAGCCGGCGUUCACGCCGCAGGACGGCCAGCUGGUGCACGACCUGGAGCGCUGCUGGGAGGCGCUGGAGCGCGCCGAGCACGCCCGCGAGGUGGCCCUGCGGCAGGAGCUGCUGAGGCAGCAGCGCCUCGAGCAGCUCAACUACAAGUUCGAGAAGAAGAGUGUCCUGAGGGAAGGCUACUUGAAGGAGAUGAUCCAGGUGCUGUCGGACCCGCGCUACGGCAGCAACUUGACCCAGGUUGAUGCGACCGUCAAGAAGCACGAAGCCAUCGGCGCUGACAUCAUGGCCCGGGAGGAGCGCUUCCACGACCUGACUGACAUGUGCGAGGAGCUGGCGCGGGAGAACUACCACGGCAAGGAGCGCGUGACGCGGCGCGAGCGCGAGGUGCUGCAGCGCUGGAGCAGCCUGCUGGAGCUGCUGGACCGCCACAAGACCAGCCUGACCACGCUGUGCGCGCUCAUGGCCAUGCUGCGCGAGAUAGACACCGUCAUGGCCUCCAUCGACGAGCUGCAGGCGAGCUUCCAGUCGGAGGACGUGGGGCCGCACCUGAUGGCCGUCGAGGACCUGCUGCAGAAGCACAGCCUGGCGGAGCUGCAGGCAACGUCUCUGGGCGAGGCCCAGCGCCGGCUGGGGCGCCAGGCGCAGCAGUACGUCGCCGGAGACAACCGCGAGGCCCCGCUGCUCGCCGCCCGCCUCGACCAGCUCAACGGGGCCUACCAGAGCCUGAUGGAGAGCGGGAAGGAGCGUCGCGCGCGGCUCGAGGACGCCCGCAACUUCUUCCAGUUCCUGCAGGACCACGAGGAGGAGGAGGCCUGGCUGGUGGAGAAGCAGCGCAUCUGCAAGGCCGGCGUCACGGCCAAGGACCUCCGCGCCGUCCUCAGCCUGCAGCAGAAGCACAAGGCCCUGCAGGACGAGAUGAAGGUGCGGCGGCCCAAGUCUGACCAGCUGUGCGACGCCGGCCGGGCCCUCAUCCGGGACAAGCACCCGAGGCUGGGCGAGAUGCAGGCCCGCAUCGACGGCCUGCUCGAGCACUGGCGCACCCUGGAGCAGUUGGCGGCCCUGCGCAAGAAGCAGCUGGAGGACGCUGCCGAGGCCUACCAGUUCUACACGGACGCCAACGAGGCGGAGUCGUGGCUGAACGAGAAGAUGGCGCUGGUGGCGUCGGCGGACUACGGGGAGGACGAGCCGAGCGCCCAGGCCCUGCUGCAGCGGCACCGCGACCUGCAGGGGGAGGUGCACGCCUACCAGGGCGACAUCCAGGGCCUCAACAGCCAGGCCGAGAAGCUCAUCAAGGCCGGCAUAUCCACUCUGGAGCUGACGGCGGAACCCGAGGCCCCCGCGGAGGCGGACCAGGACGAGUGGGUGAACGAGGUGCGGAUGGUGCCCCAGGAGGUGUGGGAGGAGGAGCCCGUGGAGCGCGUGGAGCACCGAACCGCCCUCGAGGAGCGCCGGGUCCUGCAAGUGAAGAGCCUGUACCCCUUCCAGGGCCAGGGCAUGUCCAUGGCCAAGGGCGAGGUGAUGCUGCUGCUGAACAAGACGAACCCCGACUGGUGGAACGUGCGCAAGGCAGACGGCGCGGACGGCUUCGUGCCGGCCAACUACGUGCGCGAGGUGGAGCCCAAGGUGGUGCACGUGCAGGUGCGCCGGCCGGAGAAGGUGCGCGAGCUCCGCCGGGUGAAGAAGACCAAGCUGGUGCGCCAGGUGGUGCCCGUGAGGCGGGCGCGCUCCUUCAAGGCCCCCGCUAAGCCACAGAAGAGGAAGCUAGAUAAUGAUGAUGACGUAGAGAAAAGACAGAAGAAGAUUAAUGACACAUACAAGCAGCUUUUAGACUUGGCUCAGAAAAGACAUGCCUUCCUGGAAGAUGCCAUCCACCUGUACGGUUUUUAUCGAGAGUGUGAUGAUUUUGAGAAGUGGAUCAAGGACAAGGAACGGAUGCUGCGUGCAGAUGACUCAUCGGACAGCGUGGAGACCGCCAAGAGGAAAUAUGAGAAGUUCCUGACGGACCUGUCGGCAAGCGGCAAGCGCGUCGAGGCGCUGGACGGCGCGGUGGAGGAGUUCGCGCGCCAGGGCCACAGCCAGCUGGACAAGGUCCGGGCCCGCCAGCGGCACAUCCACCAGCUCUGGGACCACCUCAACUGGCUCAAGGGCCAGAAGGAGCGCAGCCUCGAGGGCGCGUCCAGCGUGGAGCUGUUCAACCGCACGUGCGACGAGGCGCGGGACUGGAUGCUGGAGAAGAUGACCCAGCUGGACACGGCGGAGCUCGGGCCCGACCUGAAGACAGUGCAGGCGCUGCAACGCCGCCACCAGCACCUGGAGCGCGAGCUGGCGCCCGUCGAGGAGAAGGUCAACCGCGUCAACCUGCUGGCCAACUCGGUGAAGUCUUCAUAUCCUAAUGAACGCGGCAAUGUCAACACAAGACAGAAGGAAGUUCAAGAUUUAUGGGGAAAAGUCAAGGCAAAAGCAAUUGAAAGGCGAUCCAGGUUGGAAGAUGCUGUGGGUCAGCAAAUUUUCAUGAACAGUUCUAAGAAUCUGCUUGGUUGGUUAGCGUCGGUAAAGGAAGCCCUGAACGCAGACGAGUCCGCCCGGGACGUUGCGACAGCAGAGAACUUGCUAAAGAAACACCAGGAGCUGGGAGACGAUAUCAAAGCUCACCAGGACGAGUUCGGCGAGCUGCUGGACCUGGGCGGCAAGCUGCUUCGCCGCGACCCGGGGCUGGCGGGCGUGCGCGAGCGCCUGGAGCGGCUGGGCGCGGAGCAGCAGGCCGUGGCGCGCGGCUGGGGCGAGAAGGGCGCCUGGCUGCAGCAGUGCCUCGACCUGCAGCUGCUGAACCGCGAGGCCGACCAGAUCGACACCUCCACCUCCAGCCAGGAGGUCUUCCUGGCCGGCACCGACCUGGGGGGAUCUCUCGAUGAUGUGGAAGCUCUUCUCAAACGGCACGAAGACUUCGAGAACACUCUGAGCGUGCAGGAUGAGAGGCUGAAAGCGUUCAGCGAAAUGGCUGACAAGCUUAUCGCAGCAGGCCAUUAUGACAGCAAGUACGUCAGCGACCGGCGCGACCAGGUGCUGGCGAGGCGGCAGGCGGUGAAGGACGCCGCGCUCAGGCGGAAGGCGGCGCUCGAGGCGGCGCGCGACUUCCAGGACUUCUCGGCCGACGUGGACGACCUGCGCGGCUGGCUGGACGACAAGCUGAAGAUGGCCGCCGACGAGUCGUACCGCGACCUGUCCAACCUGGAGCGCAAGCUGCAGAAACACGAGGCGUUCGAGCGCGAGCUGCGUGCCAACGAGGGGCAGCUCCGCCUAGUCAACAGGACGGGACAGGGCCUGCUGUCGGAGAACAACUACCGGCGGGCGGACGUGUCCCGCGCGCUGCAAGAGCUGAACGGCACCUGGGAGGAGCUGGUGGCGCGGUCCCAGGACAAGGGCCGCCGGCUGCGCCAGGCGGCCGCGCAGCACGCCUUCAACCGCACCGUGGAGGACACCCGCUUCAAGCUGGAGGAGAUCCAGGCCAGCCUGCGGUCCCGGGAGGUGGGCUCCGACCUGCGGCACUGCAAGGACCUGCUCAACAAGCACCAGGCUCUGGAAAACGAAAUGGCUCAGUUGGAGAACCGUAUCGGGGAUGUGGUGAAUCUUGGAGAGGAGAUGGCACAUGAAGGCCAUUUCGACGCUGACAACAUUCUGAAGGCUAACACCAGCACCAAAGAGAAGUUCCUGGCCCUCCGGGAGCCGGCCCGUAGCCGCCGGGACGCCCUGGAGGAGUCCCUGCGCUUCCACAAGUUCCGGUUCGAGCUGGACGCGGAGCUGCAGUGGAUCCAGGAGCACGCCCCGCUGGCCGCCUCCGACAAGCUGGGGCAGAACCUGCACCAGGCGCAGUCCCUCUACAAGAAGCACCGCAAGCUGCAGGAGGAGCUGGCCGGCCACCAGCCCAUGAUCGACCGCACGCUGGCGUCGGGCGCCGCGCUCACGCAGCAAGCCCACCCCGAGGCCCAGCAGAUCGAGUCGCUGUGCGAGGCGCUGCAGGAGGCCUGGCGCGACCUGCACGGCAAGGCGGCGGAGCGCCACCGCAAGCUGGAGCUGUCCUUGAAGGCGCAGCAGUUCUUCUUCGAGGCGGGCGAGGUGGAGGGCUGGCUCAACGAGAAGAACGACGUGCUGAGCUCCAGCGACUACGGCCGGGACCGCGACGCCGCCACCAAGCUGCUCACCAAGCACAAGGCCCUGGAGCUGGAGCUGGACACGUACAGCGGCAUCGUGAGCGAGAUGGGGCGCGCGGCCGCCGCGAUGGUGAGCGCGCGCCACCCCGACGCCAAGGUCAUCUCCGCCCGCCAGCAGCUGAUCUCCCAGCAGAUGCGCACGCUCCAGCGGCUGGCCGCUUCCCGCCAGCAGCGCCUCGUGGAGUCCAUGUACCGGCACGAGUACUUCCUGGAGAGCGCGGAGCUGGAGCAGUGGAUCCGCGAGCAGGUGCAGGCCGCCGCCUCUGAGGACUACGGCCAGGACUACGAGCACCUGCUGAUCUUGCAGAAUAAGUUUGACGAUUUCAAGCAUCGCAUCGAGGCAGGAGCUGAGCGGUUCAACCAAUGUGAGGAGUUGGCUAAGAAGUUGAUAGCCAAUGAGAGUCCUUACACUUCGGAGAUUGAAAAAAGACAGGAACAACUUAGUCGUGCGGAGGACGACCCGGUGAAGGAGGUCGCCGCUCGGCACCAGCACAUACGGGACUGCUGGCGGCAGCUGCUCGAGCUGAUGGAGAACCGGGAGAAGCGCCUGCAGGCGGCGGGCGAGAUCCACCGCUUCCACCGCGACGUGGCGGAGGCGCUCUCGCGCAUCCAGGAGAAGAACGCGGCGCUGCCGGACGACCUGGGCCGCGACCUCAACUCCGUGCUGGCGCUCAUCCGCAAGCACGAGGGCUUCGAGAACGACCUGGUGGCCCUCGAGGCCCAGCUGCAGGUGCUGGUGGAGGACUCGGCGCGGCUGCAGGCGGCGUACCCGGGCCAGAACGCCAGCCAGCUGGCCCAGCAGCAGGCCAUCGUGGUGAAGAGCUGGACGGACCUGCAGGAGCGGGCGGCCAACCGGCGAGAGGAGCUGCAGGCCAGCUGCGACCUCCAGCGGUUCCUCACCCAGGUUCGCGACCUGACGAACUGGGCGGCCGGGCUGCAGGCCGCCAUGAUGACGGAGGAGAAGGUGCGGGACGCGGCGGGAGCCCAGACCCUCAAGGCCGAGCACGAGGCCGUCAAGGCGGAGAUCGAGGCGCGGGAGGAGAGCUUCCAGGCGGUGGUCGAGAUGGGGCAGGACAUGAUCCGCGACGACCACUACGCGGCUCAGGAGAUAGAGGAGAAGUCCGCCCAGCUGCUGGAGGAGCGGCAGAAGCUCCACGUGGCCUGGCAGCGCAAGAAGGUGCACCUGGACCAGCUGAUAGACCUGCACUUCUUCCUGCGGGACGCCAAGCAGAUCGACACCAUCAGCAGCUCCCAGGAGGCGGCGCUGGCGAGCCAGGACUUCGGCACGACGGUGGAGGAGGUGGACGCCCAGGUGAAGAGGCACGACGCCUUCGAGAAGCUGCUGGCCGCGCAGGAGGAGAAGACCGCGGCGCUGCAGGAGCACGGGGACAAGCUUCUGGCGCAGAGCCACUUCGAGGGCGCCACCAUCGCCCGGCGCCUGGCCGAGGUCGUGCAGCGGCGCGGCAAGGUUCGCGACCUGUGCGCGGCGCGCCGGCAGAGGCUGGACGACGCCCUACUGCACGCGCAGUUCGUCAGGGACGUGGCGGAGGCGGAGUCCUGGAUCGGAGAGAAGCAGAAGAAGCUGGAGGCAGAAGCGAGCAAGGGCGAGGUCAGCUCCAUGGAGGACAAGAUCAAGAAGCUUCAGAAGCACCAGGCCUUCCAGGCGGAGCUGGCUGCUCACAAGGGCCGCAUCGACCACAUCAAGGACAAAGGAGAGAAGCUGGUCGCCAAGCGCCACAAGGCGUCCCGGGAGAUAAAGCUCCAGCUGGACCAGCUCCUGAACGCGUGGCGCCGCCUGCUGCAGGAGUCCAGCAACCACGGCCGCGGCCUGGAGGAGGCCCAGGACAUCCUGGAGUUCAACAACCAGGUCGAGAAGAUCGAAGCCUGGAUCAGGGACAAGGAGAUGAUGGUCCAGGCGGGAGACACCGGGAAGGACUACGAGCACUGCCUCGCUCUGCAGCGCAAGCUCGACGACUUCGACUCGGACAUGCGGGUGGACGACUCCCGCAUCAAGUCCAUCAACCAGCUGGCCGACAAGCUGAUCCGCCAGGGACGCAGCGACACCCGCUCCGUGCAGCAGCGCCGGGACGAGCUCAACAACAAGUGGCGGGCGCUCCAGGGGGCGCUGGAGGCGUACCGGGGGCUGCUGGCGGGCUCCCUGGAGGUGCACGCCUUCGACCGGGACGCGGACGACACGGCCCAGCGCGUCGCGGAGAAGGAGCUGGCGAUGCGCACGGACGACGUGGGCAAGGACCUGGCGGCCGUCGAGCAGCUUCAGCGCAAGCAGGACGUGCUGGAGCGCGACAUGACGGCCAUCGAGGGCAAGCUGAAGGAGCACGACCAGGAGGCGCGGCGGCUGGUGCACAAGUACCCCGACAUGGCGGCGCCCAUCCGCGCCAAGCUGUCGGAGCUGCAGGAGAGCUGGCGCGGACUGCAGCAGCUGGCGCGGCAGCGGCGCGACGCCCUCACGGCCGCCCACGCCCUGCACCGCUUCCACGCGGACCUGCGCGAGAUCGAGGCGUGGGUCGCCGACACCGUCAAGCGCAUGGACUCCUCCGACCUGCCGGCCACCGUGGCCGAGGCGGAGGCCAUGCUGCAGCUGCACCAGGAGAGGAAGGCGGAGAUCGACGGGCGCCUGGAGGCGUUCAAGGCCCUGAAGCAGUGCGGCACGAAGCUGUGCGGGGGCGGGGGCGGGGCCCAGCAGGAGGAGACGGCGGGCAGCCUGGCGCGGCUCGAGGAGCUGAGACGCACGCUGCUGGCCGCGUGGGAGGAGCGACGGCACCGCCUCGACCAGGCCCGCCAACUGCAGCUGUUCCGCGAGCAGGCGGAGCAGGCCGACGCCUGGCUGGCCACCAAGGAGGCCUUCCUCAACAACGACGACCUCGGGGACUCGCUGUCGACGGUGGAGGUACUGCUCCGCAAGCACGAGGCGUUCGAGAAGACGGUGGUGGCGCAGUCGGGACGCGUGGAGGAGCUGGAGCGGCUGGCCACGGAGCUGGCGGCCGACCGCCACUACGACAGCGCGGGCAUCGCGCAGCGCCUCCGGGCCGUGUGCGCGCGGCGCGACCGCCUCAAGGAGAGCGUGGUGCUGCGCCGCCGCCGCCUGCACGAGUCCCGCCAGCUGCAGCAGUUCCUGCGCAACAUGUACGAGGUGGAGGGCUGGAUCCACCAGAAGCACCAGGUGGCGGUGGACGAGAGCUACCGCGACCCCUCGAACCUGCAGAGCAAGAUCCAGAAGCACGUGGCCUUCGAGUCGGAGCUGGCCGCGAACCGGGGCCGCGUGGCCGCUGUCACCGCCGAGGGGGAGAAGCUGAUCGGCGCGGGCCACUUCGCCGGCAUGGAGAUCCAGGCGCGGCUGGACGAGCUGGAGGCCGCCUGGAGGCAGCUGCAGGAUGCCAGCCAGCUGAAGAAGGAGCGGCUCAACGACGCCUACCAGGCCCUCAUGUUCUGCCACACGCUGGAGGAGCAGGAGGCGUGGAUCGACGACGUGGAGGCCCAGCUCCAGUCGGAGGACUGCGGCCGCGACCUGGCCAGCGUGGGCCACCUGCUCAAGAAGCACGCCCUGCUGGAGGACGACGUGCACGGCCGAGGGGAGGCCAUGGACCAGGUGCGCGCCACGGCCAACACCUUCCUCGAGUCCAGCCACUUCAUGAAGGGGGAGCUGCACGCGCGGGCCGUCGAGGUCAUCAACAGGUACCACUCGCUGCAGCAGCCGAUGCAGAUCCGGCGGGAGAACCUGGAGGAUGCCCUGCUGCUGCAGCAGUUCCUGCGCGACGCCGAGGACGAGCUGCAGUGGGCGGCGGAGAAGGAGCCCCUGGCGGCCUCCGCCGACCUGGGCGGCAGCCUCACCGCCGUCCAGAACCUGCAGAAGAAGCACCAGGCCUUGGAGGCGGAGAUAGUGUCCCACGAGCCGGUCGUGGCGGGCCUGAUGAAGCGGGCGCAGCAGAUGGUACGCAGCAACCACUUCGCGUCGCAGCGGAUCGAGGCGUGCGUCUCGGAGCUCACGGAGAAGCUGAGCCAGCUCAAGGACCUGGUCACCAUCCGGCGCCUCCGGCUUCUCGACGCCGUGGAGUCGCAGAUGUUCUACGCGGAGGCCAACGAGGCGGAGGCCUGGAUCCGGGAGAAGAGGCCGCUGCUGACCUCGGCGGACUACGGCAAGGACGAGGACUCGGUGCAGUCGCUGGUGAAGAAGCUGGAGGGCGUGGAGCGGGACCUCAGCAACUUCGAGCACACCGUGGGCAAGCUGGCGAAACUGGCGCAAGGGCUGGUGGACCGCGGCCACUUCGACAGCCUCAACAUCCAGACCAAGCAGUCGCAAAUCGAGGCGCACUUCUCGGAGCUGAAGUCGCUGGCGGCGGCCCGCGGCCGGCGCCUGGCGGAGUCGUGCAGGCUGUUCCGCUUCCUGCGCGAGUCGGACGAGGCGCUGGAGUGGAUGAACGACCAGGCGGCGGUGGCCGCCUCGGAGGACUACGGCCGCGACGUGCAGCACGUGGAGCUGCUGAUCCAGCGCUUCGACUCGUUCCUGGGCACGCUGGCGGCGAGCGAGGGCCGUGUGGGCGGCUGCCUGGCGGCCGGGCGCGCCCUGGCGUCGGAGGGCGGCCCCGAGGCGGGGCGCGUCCGGGCCCGCCUCGACGACGCGCAGCAGCUGUGGGACGACCUGCGGGAGCUGGCCCACGCCCGCCAGGAGGCACUGGCGGGAGCGAAGCAAGUGCACGUCUUUGAUCGCACGGCAGACGAGACCAUGUCCUGGAUCCAGGAGAAAGAAGCCGUGCUGUCGUCUGAGGGCUACGGGCAGGACCUGGAGACCAUUCAGGCCCUCGUGCGGAAGCACCAGGGCUUCGAGACGGAUCUGGCUGCUGUUAAAGAGCAGGUGGAGUCGGUGACGGAGGAGGCGACGCGGCUCGCCGAGCUGUUCCCGGACGCGCGGGACCACAUCGAGGCGAAGCACGAGGACACGCUCGAGGCGUGGAGCGACCUGCUGGACAAGUCGGCGCAGCGCCGGGACAACCUGCAGCAGGCCGAGAAGCUGCAGGCCUACUUCGACGAGUACCGGGACCUCAUGUCGUGGAUCAACGAGAUGAUCGCGAAGGUGACCGCCCCCGAGCUGGCGCAGGACGUGCCCGGCGCGGAGGUCCUUCUCGUGCGCCACGAGGAGUACCGCUCGGAGACCGACUCCCGCGGGGACGCCUUCGCCAAGUUCUACCAGACCGGCAGCGCCCUCAUAUCGCAGGGCCAUUUCCUUGCAAAUGACAUUCAGGAGAAAAUAGCCAUCCUCAAGCAGAGAAGACAGUUCCUGAACGACACGUGGGAGAAACGCAAGAACAUCUACGAGCAAAACUUGGAUACGCAGAUUUUCAAGCGAGAUGCAGACCUUCUGGAGAACUGGAUUGUGUCUCGAGAACCAAUUCUUCACGAUGAGAAACUGGGAGAGUCAAUAUCUCAAGUGGAGGAGCUGAUUCGCAAGCACGAAGACUUUGAAAAGACUGUCGAGGCGCAAGAGGAGAAGUUGAACUCGCUGAGGAGAAUCACGCUGCUGGAGGAGACGUUCCAGAGGCAGCAGCAGGAGGAGCAGGCGGCCCGGCAGGCCGAGAAGGAGCGGCUGGAGCGAGAGAGGCUGGAGGCCAGGAAGAGGCGGGAGGUGCAGCGCAUCACCGACGAACGAAGGAGGGAAGACGAGCGUCGCAGGCAACAGGAAGUGCGCAGCCCUCGGGACGAGAUCAAUGGAGCUGACAUUCCAGACUCCAGCACUGCCAGAGUCCCAGCACUGGAAACACCUGAACCAGGCCCACUGCAGAAGUCUGGCAGCAUUUCGCAGCUCUUUGGAGACCAGAUGAGGCGGGACAUAAAGCGCGCGGAGAGCAUGAAGGUGGAGAUGAAGAAGCCGAAGCGCACGCCGAGCUUCACGACGCGGCGGCGGACGCAGAGCUUCCGGAAGCUGCAGCGCAUGGACCAGCUGAACCAGCUGCCGCCGGUGGAGAUCGAGGGCAUGCUGGACCGCAAGCAUGAGCUGCAGAGCGGCGGGAAGAAGGCGCCCGUCCGCUCCUGGAAGACCUACUACACAGUGCUGUGCGGCCAGCUGCUGUGCUUCUUCAAGGACCACGAUGACUUCCUGGCCAGCAAGGCGGCCACUUCCCCGAUCAUCGUGUUCAAGGCACGCUGCGAGAAGGCAGAGGACUACACCAAGAGGAAGCAUGUUUUCAGGUUAUGCUGCACUGAUGGAUCCGAGUUUCUGUUCCUCGCGGAAACAGAGCGACAAAUGGAAGAUUGGGUCAACAAAAUCAUGUUCCAUGCGAAGUUGCCACCUAAUUUGCAACUCAUGAGCUACGAUGAUUCACAUAAGAGCCCGUCCAUGCAGGGCCGCCUGCCCACGCUCGGCAGCGAGGCCCACGACGGGGACGCCAGCUCCGCCUCCAGCCGCGGCUCCAGCCCCGAGGCGCGGCGGCCGGCCGACCUCACGCCGCAGACGCGCCUCCUGCAGCAGCUGGAGCGGUCGGGGGAGCGGCCGCCCGUCCCUCCCCGCGGGGCGCCGCCCCCCGUGCCCGCCCGCUCCCCCUCCACCGAGGUCGUCACGCUCCGCCCCAAGCCCGCAGAGAUGGAACACGUAAUAUCGUCUCGGCCGCAGUCCUACCAGCCUCCCAGGUCCGCGCAGAACGGUGGCCCGAUGCCUGACACCUGGCGGAGGAGUCACUUGGAGGGUGGCCCCGCACAAGAGCUGCCUCCCCCCUUGCCCUCCUCGGCGCCUCCCAGCCAGGCGUUCACGGACGCUCGGGCCGCCUGGACGCUGGACCAUCACCACCACCACCAGCCGCCCCAGGGUCAAGGCAACGCAGUUUAUGGGAACACAGUUUCAUUAGCUCGACAGAACUCCGACGCGGGCGGAUCGCGGCCGGCGUCCCUGCCCCCGUACGUCUCCCCGCCCCCCGCGUCCGCCGCGUACCAGGCGAGCGGCGACGCGCAGAGCUCCUCGGAGAGCGAGCACCAGGCCCCGGCGGCGCGCAAGGACAAGCGCUCGGGCGUGCUCAGCAGCCUGUUCCGCAAGAAGCGCGCCACGCACCUGUAGUCGUGCUUCCCGGCGCUCCUCGCGGAGCGCGCGCGACCGCUCGAGAUCGCCGUGCGGCAGUCCGGCGAUGUGUGCGCGUCAGGGGCAGAUCCGAGGGAGCGGGAACAAGGGGAAACACCUCAAAUCCUCCCCAUGCCGAAUCUAAGGCUUUUCUUCUGUUCAUAAAUUUUUUUUUUAGUAACCAUGAUAGCAUCCAGUCUUAUUCAAGAAAUCAUUUAAAAACACGUUAUUUUAUGUAACUGUAAGUGAAGAAUAUUGCCUCGCAGUGUUAAAUAAAGUGUACAAAGUAUUGAGUCACUUUGUAAGAUAAACUGUAUUUCCCCUCCCGCAAAGCUGCUGUCCGGGUUUGCCCUGACACUCGGGUUUCCCGUGAAUGUUGUUGCUGGAUGUCCAGACACGUUUCAGUUCAUUUUGUCAUCCUUUGUCAUCAGUAUUAUUUAUUUGUUUUGCGAAAGCAUUUGCACUGAAUAUUUAUCCACGUAUCAUUUUUUUUUUUCUGGGAAAUUUAUCUGUGGCAACUAAUCAAUGUGUUCACAAAAUUUUAUAUUUUUUUUUUUUUUUUCAAUCUUGCUGAAUACAGGCACUGGAUAUCCAGCAUUUUUGAUUUGUUCUCAACUCAUUUUUCAUUUAGUUGGUUGUUCAUUAAUUUCAAGUAAAAAAAAAAAGACAUUUAAAUAUCUUGUUCACCGAAUGAUAAAUUAACUGACUUUCAUCGAAAACUGGUCUUCGAACACCAAUCGUGACUCUUUGAUAUUUCAAUUUUGGCAUGACUUUACAAUAUAAAAAAAAAUUGUUAUUGACCUACAAUAUGUUUUUAACAAGUUUCAAAACCAUAACAUUAUGAAGGCAAAAUAAUAAAUACAUUUUGUACUUGAAACUUGUAUCGUGGAUAUAAUUUCAUUUUUUUUAAUUUUAUUAAACUUAACAUUACGUCAAUAUAUUUAAAUACUUUGGCAGCAAAAAAGUAGAUGUUUGUUUCAUUGAGGGAGUGAAAUGAUGACGGCGGUAACUGGCCGCGCUCGGCCAGGGAUAGCAACUUGAGUUGGUGGUAAAGUGCCAUCGGGACAUUUAAAUGGACUCUUCUCGCCUAUCAGUUACUUUUGUGUAUAGAUGCAAAAAAAAUGUUAUUACUGUAAUUUGUAAGUAAGCAUUUGUAUAAGAACAGUUAUAAGUGUAUUUAACAUAAAUUGUUGUAUAGACAACUAACUUCAGUUAUGGUACAAAUAAUGUAAAGCUUAUGAUACUGAAAAUAAAAUAUGUAGUAUGUG